UAAGAAGGCCGAGGAUGCGUAGUGUAGAGACUUUGGGAAUACUGAUGCCCCCAAGCGUCACUUCAGGAUCUGGGAUUUCCUGCGGCGGUCAGCGCACGAGAGACCGCAUGUUGCAAGAAGGGCAACAAACUCAGAGUAUGGUCCCGGCUUUUUCUUGGGCAGCAUUCUUUCUUAAUAUAGCUUGCUCCCUUGGACAUGGUAGGGUACAAAGUGAAACAACCACAUGCCAGCCAUUCAGCAUGCAAACACCUGCCGGACUCGUGAGUGCAGUUGUUUCUGUUUGCAUUUCAAAAACAAAGGCCAAUACUGACACAUCACGGGCAGGAAGUCUAUAAUAUAGAAGAGGAUGGCGUCUGUAGACCACUGUCGUUUUGCCACUUGAAUGAUGCAGAGAGACCAUUAUGACACUCCUACUGAUUGUCCCGGCCUACAAGGAAUCCAUUGUUUCAGCAUAUGACGACAUAAACUGCAAUGUAGCCUGUUACUUUGGCAAUUUUAUCGUGACAGCGCAUGAAGUUUGCCCUUUGAGUGUACUUUUUUUUUCGGGAGAUCAUAAACAUACUGGAGGGCCCCACCAAAUGGCAAUCUCGCUCCGAUUGUCAGCUUAUGUCCCUCCUAUUUCUGAUUAAAUAAGCAAGAAUUACAAACAUUUCGGGAUACCUUCGUGUUCAAAAUCAUUUCUGUAUUUUUCUGGUUGAAACGUGCUGUUGGAAACGCGUUAAACAGGGCUGGUUUAAAAAUGAAAUAAAAAUAAACCCUCUGACAGCA